GGAAGAGACGUCGGCAGGGAGCACCUCAUCUCUCCCAGACGCCUAAGAUGUCACGGGUACGCGCUGCUCUCCUGCUCGGUCUGGCCAUCGUCGCCGUGUCAGCCCAUGUGGCGAAACGGCAGGUGGGCUCGGACUCAUACCCGACGUACGCCAGCGUGCCGGACAACAUUGCGUUCACCUGCGAGGGCCAACUGCCCGGCUACUACGCCGACGUCGACUUCCAGUGCCAGGUAUGGCAUUUUUGCACCUUGGAGGCAGCACGCUACAGUUUUCUCUGCCCCAACCAGACUGUCUUCAACCAACAAUACAGGGUUUGCGACUGGUGGUAUAACGUGGACUGCGCAAGCUCCUCCGACCUGGCCGCGAACAACGCGGAUCUGUACAAGGAUGCUGACGGCAACCCCAUCUAGCGUCGGUAUUACAGGACUAUGUUGUGCGGACGGUGAAGUCAGUUUGGUGCUUUAGUCGUGCCUCACCAGUUGUGUACGUGCUCACCGCAGGAGACAAAAGCGAUUUCAAGACACGAAGCGGCCGCGUCCAAUGCAUCUUACUUGAAAACCGUAGAGAGCUUGCCGAAGUCUACACAUGUACAGCGCCGGAGUUCUGUUGUGAUUCUACCUCUCUUGAACGCAAAUGAAAUUGUGUGCUGUUGUGUCGUAUUAAGCAUGAAAUGAAGCCACGGCUGUUGUUGUUCAUGCUUUAUUUUCCUAGCAUGUGAGUUGCAAGUGAUGCAUCCAUUCUGUCGUUGACUUGUAUGUUGAAUAACUUGAUAAUAAACGUACGACGGAAAUCA